AUGCCAAAUAAAUGGUAUAAUAAUCUUUCAAGCCAAAAUAUAGGUUAUACCCCAAUUAAAAAAAUUCAAGGUUGGUUUGUACGUGAUGAUACUAUUCCAUAUCAGGUAUUACCCUCACAUCAAUAUUUUGAUUUUGACUUGGAAAAAGGAGGUAUGUAUCAGUUGGCAACAGUUAAGGGGAUAAAUCCUGAUUCAACAGAUGGAAAAUGCUGGAUUCCAUUUCUUCCCGGUUAUAGAAUUUUUACACAUUAUAAAGACACUUAUUUUCAACUUUCUAUUGGACUUGAUGAUGAAACACAAUGCUUGGAAUUUAUAUGUCGUUAA